AUGGUCGAAAAAACGACAAUCCCUAAUCGACACUUCGACGACAUCGAAAACACGCACCAUCUCAACCGUUGGGAAGGUCUGCCGCUGACCCCGAUCGACGGCAAUGUUGGCGACGGUGAGGAACUGCCGAACUUGGUGGCCGAAGGGGGCCUGGAAGAAUCCGAAGCCGACGCAGAGGCAACAACAAAGCAUAAAGUCGCAAAGGUCAUUGUUUACAACUCGAUGACGGGCGAGUGCAAAAUCUCAUUGCACACGUUUAUGGUGGCGCCACCUCAAAGUUCUUCAAACGCCAUGUUAGGUAAUAGCGAUGGUUGUCCUACUCCUGCGACAGGCCAGCAUUUCUUUUAUUUUUGGCAACAUUGUUGGACUUAUAAUUAAUU